AAAAUAAUGACGGAUUUCUCAUGCUACACAACAUUUUUGCUUGAAGAAAGCCUCAUCUAUUCAGUGCAUGAAUGUUGUUCAUAUUGUCUAGUGAUACAUGGCAGUUCUUGAUAAGGAUUCCACCGUUGUCAGGUAUCUAAUCAUACAAAGCAUGACAUGAAACUUACUGUGUUCAAAAUACAUAGGAAGUGGCUGUCUCUACAGUACUGGAUCAAGAACAUGAAACUUACUGUGUACGCAACGUUAACUCCAUAAUAAAACCACCAAGUGGGAGAUCAAUUGACUAAAAUAUCCAGAAUGUAACAGUGAAAGCUCCAUAUAUAGAGUCAUUAAAUGAUAAGGUUCAAGUACACUUGCAUAGCCACAUAUGAAAAGUGGGCGCUUUUUAAAAUAAUGACUUAUUGCUAUUUUUUCAGGAGUGUUUUUUAUUGCUAAAGAACAAGUCAAGAACUUAAACAACGAUUAUCUAGUUCUCCUAUGCCAAUCUUUCAAAUGAUCAUAUUAUUAUUCCAAUAUAUAAAAAGCAUUACUCGGUUGAAAAAAAUUAUGCUCUAUAUAUAUAUAUAUCUACUAAACUUCCUACAUAGCUUACUUCUAAAUGCUCAAUAGAUGUUGGUGAGUAAAUCCAACUUUAUGACUGUAAAGGUCCAUCCCCAAGUAGUAAUUCCCUCUGCCUCCUGCUACUUCACUUCCAAACAAGAAACUUAUACAAUAUGGAUGAAGUCUCUAGUGCUUGGUUGCAAAGGUUGCACUGUCUUUGAUGCGAAGGGUCAACUUGUGUAUCGUGUUGAUAACUACAAUUGCAACUUUAGAGAUGAAGUUAAUCUUAUGGAUUCCAAGGGCAAGGUCCUCUUCACAGUACCAAGAAAGAGAUUCAAAUUGUUCAGGUUUUGGGAGGGCUACAGAUCCACAGACAAAGAGAUUGAAAUGAAAAGACCUGGUUUCCAAGUUAGGAAAACCUUGAGGAUUCCAAGAGGGGACUCACCAUGCGAGGUUAUUGUGGGGUUAGAUGAGAAUCAGCCACGCCAUUAUAAGAUCCAUAGCUGGAGUAGUUGCAAGUCAGCGUGCAAGCUAGUAGAUCAAUUCGGGGGCCUCGUUGCAGAGGUGAAUUUAUUCUAUAACUUUUCUCAUUCAUUCAUUCUUGUAGAACUGAGAGCUCAUUGCUCAGGUGAUAGAACUAACAUAUCCUGUUUUCAUGGACAGUUGAAGAGAAAGAAAUCAGCAGGUGGAGUUGAUUUGGGCAACGAUGUUUUGACCCUGGUUGUGGAGCCCUACUUUGAUCACUCUCUUAUCAUGGGUGUUUUUGUUGUGUACUGUCUCAUUAACUGUAAAAUGUGAAAAGUAUGGAAUGACAUCGGAGUAUCCGAGACUCUGAGGUCAUCUAGUGGGAUAUCUGGCAAAUCUCAGACAACAAAAUAAGGGAACAUGUUUCUAGCUAGCCAUUAGUUAGGGUUCCUCUGAAUUUUGGUAAGGUAGGUUUAUGUAUUGGUUUAAUUUCCCUCUGCAUUGGAAUCUCGAUAAGGGCCAUAAGGCUAGGUUCUGUUCAAUCACCACUUUGAGCACCUUUCUAAUGUAUUAAACUGAAGACCACGUUUGCUCUUUUGAUUAUGUACUUAUGUAUCUCUCCUUAUCCUCCAUAUGUGCUGCAUCAUGGAAACAAUAGAAUGGUUA